CUCAUAUUUCACCUUCUCCUCUGCUUUUUCUUCUGCCUGCAACUGAAAGUCGCCAAUCUCUCUCCCUCUGCGCGAGAGAGCGAAGAAGUCACCGACUCUUCAAUUGAAGGCCAGUAUUAGAGGCUUGGAAUUCUCUCCAUUUGGAAUCCUGCUGUUGCUGGGUGGGGUGAGAACGGUUGCUUGAAAAAAGAGCUAAGUUAAUAUUCUGAUGUACCAAACUGAACUUUAAUCUUUAAGCGUGGAUGUCCCUUGCAUUGUUAAUCCUUUAGAGCCUGUAAUCUUUGAGGCUUCAUCUACUAAAAUGGUGUCACUUUUCCUGAAGAAGAUAGGCAAAGUCUUCUGUUCUUGAUAUACAAUCAUUUACCACAUGUACACCUCGAAGAAAGGUCAGGUAACUUAGUAAGCUGGUUCUUUCCAUCGCUAAAAUUCUAUUGGAUGGCCACUAUACCUUGCGGAAGCACAUAUGUUGCUCAGUGGGGUAUUCGACCUCAGCUCAUGCUUAGAUCCUAUAUGCAAAAUAGGAUACUGACCUCUCAAUAUGGUCUUAAUAACAAGAUGAGCUAUUUGGCGGCACCUAGUUCAAGCCUAUUUUCAAGGGACACCUUUCCCAUAUUAUCUUUUGUGGGGCCAUCUCAAGCUUCACAUCAUCGUAGGGGAUCACGAUUUACAGUUAGAGCUGAUGCUGAUUACUAUUCUAUACUUGGUGUGUCAAAAAAUGCUAGUAAAUCUGAAAUCAAAAGUGCAUACAGGAAACUUGCUAGGAGUUACCAUCCUGAUGUGAACAAAGAAGCUGGGGCGGAGCAGAAGUUUAAGGAAAUUAGCAACGCAUAUGAGGUCUUAUCGGAUGAUGAGAAACGAUCUUUGUAUGACAGGUACGGUGAGGCUGGACUUAAAGGCGCUGGUAUGGGCAUGGGGGAUUUCAGCAAUCCUUUUGAUUUGUUUGAGUCACUAUUUGAGGGCAUGGGAGGAAUGGGAGGUAUGGGGGGCAUGGGGGGCAGAGCUUCCAGGAGUAGAGCAGUAGAUGGCCAGGAUGAAUAUUACAGUCUUAUCUUAACGUUUAAGGAAGCAGUUUUUGGAGUUGAAAAAGAGAUUGAGAUAACACGACUUGAGAGCUGUGGCACCUGCAAUGGUUCAGGUGCAAAACCUGGGACAAAGGCAUCUAAAUGUAAUACAUGUGGCGGCCAAGGCCAGGUUGUUUCUUCGGCAAGGACUCCAUUAGGUAUCUUCCAGCAGGUAACAACCUGCUCUACAUGUGGUGGGACAGGGGAAACAUUUACCCCUUGCAACGCAUGUUCCGGGGAUGGACGAGUAAGGAGGACAAAACGUAUCAGUUUGAAAGUGCCAGCUGGUGUGGACUCUGGAAGCCGUUUGAGGGUGCGAUCUGAAGGUAAUGCUGGAAGGAGAGGUGGAUCACCUGGAGACCUCUUCGUUAUUAUAGAAGUCAUCCCAGACCCUGUACUAAAACGUGAAGACACCAACAUCUUGUACACAUGCAAAGUGUCAUAUGUAGAUGCAAUUUUGGGUACAACAAUCAAGGUGCCAACAGUUGAUGGUAUGGUUGACCUCAAAGUCCCAGCUGGAACUCAGCCGAAUACAACUCUAGUGAUGUCGAAGAAAGGUGUCCCAGUGCUCAACAAAAGCAACAUGAGGGGUGAUCAGUUGGUUCGCGUACAAGUUGAAAUUCCAAAAAGAUUGAGCAGUGAAGAAAGAAAGCUCAUCGAGGAGCUUGCAGAUCUAAGCAAGGGCAAAACAGUGAGCAGUCGAAGAUGAUUGCGGAGACAUUAUCAAUCUCAUUCAUAUAUUUCUGGGCAGACCAGUGGUCAGAUCAUAUUCUCCACUUUGGAUGCAUCUUUGAAGUUGCUUGUUACAUGGAAAUUAGCUUUUAAAAGCUUAAGCACUCAAGUUUCUGUGAUGGUAGGUGGUGAGAAUUUUUGACCCAUAUAAUUUUAUCAUCUCGAAAAGGAAGGAGAUGAAGUAGGAAACAUUAGCUGGAGAUAUAUUGCUUUUUAGUUUGUUUAUCUUUUGAUUCUUAUAAGCAUUUGAUACUCUCUUGUUAAUCAUCUUUUGGGAUAGGCAAAAACAAAAGCUCAUGCAUUUGUAUUUCAUUUGUGGUGAGGUUUAAUAAGACAUAAAUUUUCAAUUUA